CAGCUCUUAUUUGGAAUUGUGUGAACUCCAGGCUCCACCCCUGGUCCCCAGACCCCACUCUUAUUUAAGGGGUCCUCUCACCCUCCUCCUUUGUCCCAGUGGAAGCAUCAGUCUUGCGCUACAACUUGACCAUCCCAGUAAAGCCUAACCAUGUGUGACGACGACGAGACUACCGCCCUUGUGUGCGACAAUGGCUCUGGCUUGGUCAAGGCUGGAUUUGCCGGAGAUGACGCUCCCCGUGCAGUCUUCCCUUCUAUUGUUGGAAGGCCCCGUCACCAGGGUGUGAUGGUGGGUAUGGGUCAGAAGGACAGCUAUGUAGGUGAUGAGGCUCAGAGCAAGAGGGGUAUCCUGACUCUGAAGUACCCCAUCGAGCAUGGCAUCAUCACUAACUGGGACGAUAUGGAGAAGAUCUGGCACCACACCUUCUACAAUGAGCUGCGUGUGGCCCCUGAGGAGCACCCCACCCUGCUGACAGAGGCUCCCCUAAACCCAAAAGCCAACAGAGAGAAGAUGACACAGAUCAUGUUCGAGACCUUCAAUGUUCCUGCUAUGUAUGUGGCCAUCCAGGCUGUCCUGUCCUUGUACGCCUCCGGUCGUACCACCGGCAUUGUGCUGGACUCUGGUGAUGGUGUGACCCACAACGUCCCCAUCUAUGAGGGUUAUGCUCUUCCCCACGCCAUCAUGCGCCUGGAUCUGGCUGGCCGCGAUCUGACUGACUACCUGAUGAAGAUCCUGACAGAACGUGGCUACUCUUUCGUGACCACCGCUGAGCGUGAGAUUGUGCGUGACAUCAAGGAGAAGCUGUGCUAUGUGGCUCUGGACUUUGAGAAUGAAAUGGCCACCGCUGCCUCCUCCUCCUCUCUGGAGAAGAGCUACGAGCUUCCUGACGGUCAGGUCAUUACCAUUGGUAAUGAGCGUUUCCGUUGCCCAGAAACCCUCUUCCAGCCUUCCUUCAUUGGUAUGGAGUCUGCUGGUAUCCAUGAGACCGCCUACAACAGCAUCAUGAAGUGUGACAUUGAUAUCCGUAAGGACCUGUAUGCCAACAAUGUGCUGUCUGGUGGUACCACCAUGUACCCUGGUAUUGCUGACCGUAUGCAGAAGGAGAUCACAGCCCUGGCCCCCAGCACCAUGAAGAUCAAGAUCAUCGCUCCCCCCGAGCGUAAGUACUCUGUCUGGAUCGGUGGCUCCAUCCUGGCUUCCUUGUCCACCUUCCAGGCCAUGUGGAUCAGCAAGCAGGAGUACGAUGAGGCAGGCCCCUCCAUUGUCCACAGGAAGUGCUUCUAAACAAUCAACCCCCCCCCCCUUCACCCAUACAUUCAUACUGUGUUGUUUACUGUAUAUACAUGUACUGUUGUAAUAAAAAUAGAUCCUUUUAAGUACAUUUGUUCUAAACUGUUUUCGGCAUUGUUAUAGGCCUAUCAAGAUGCCAUACGCCAACUUUAAUCAAUUUAUCUAUUAAUCUAUAUAUCUAUCUGAAAUGUGCAUAGAAAUAUUGAAUUUUGAAAAAGUAAAUAAGAUUUUUGGUAUUCA